CUGGCCAAUCCCCGCGCCCCGCACCUCGGCUGGACCCCGGGACGGAUGCCCCCUCCUCCUCCUGCCAAGGAUGCUCCAGCGUGCCCUGUAAUACCCGUGUAUCCUCGUCGGGAAGAAGGAGCCCCCCCCCCCCACGGUUCCUGCCCCGCGUAGCAGCGCGACCGACAGACGUCCUUCCGUGCGAACAUGCCCGCGCCCGCGUGCUGACCUCCGCCGGGCACGGUGGACACUCUGGCGCGCGCCCGCCCUGCACGUCCAGCCGCUCCCGGCUGCUGGCACCCCGGCCCCCGCGUCCGUCCAGCACGUGUGCCUUUAUCCGUGGGUCAUUUCGAAAGUCCGCCGUUGUAAAUGUUUAUCAUUUUGCUGCUGUCCUGUUUCUGCCCGGGGACUGUGCCAGCGCUUGCCGAGAGCGGCGGAGACCGCCGGGACCUGAGCCCAGAGAAGAGCGAAAUAUGGGGACCCGGGCUGAAGGCGGACGUCGUCCUUCCCGCCCGUUACUUUUACAUCCAGGCCGUGGACACCUCGGGGGAACUGUUCACAUCUUCGCCGGGUGAAAAGGUCUUCCAGGUUAAAAUCUCAGCACCUGAUGAGCAGUUCACUAGAGUUGGAGUCCAGGUUUUAGACCGAAAGGAUGGGUCCUUCAUUGUCAGAUACAGAAUGUAUGCAAGCUACAGAAGUCUGAAGAUAGACGUAAAAUACCAAGGUCAACAUGUGGCCAAAUCUCCCUAUAUUUUAAGAGGUAUGCGAACAGGACCCGUGUACCAUGAGAACUGUGACUGCCCUUUGGAAGAUAGGGCAGCCUGGCAGCGGGAGAUGAACUGCCCAGAAACCAUUGCACAGAUCCAGAAAGAUCUGUCCCAUUUCCCUGCUGUGGAUCCGGAAAAGAUUGCAGCAGAAAUCCCAAAAAGAUUUGGACAGAGACAGAGCCUGUGUCACUACACCUUAAAGGACAAUAAGGUUUAUAUCAAGACUCACGGUGAACACGUGGGCUUCAGAAUUUUCAUGGAUGCAAUACUGCUUUCCCUGACUAGAAAGGUGAAAAUGCCGGAUGUGGAGUUUUUUGUCAAUUUGGGAGACUGGCCUUUGGAAAAAAAGAAAUCCAGUUCAAACAUCCAGCCGAUCUUUUCCUGGUGUGGCUCCACAGAUUCCAAGGAUAUCGUGAUGCCUACCUACGACUUGACUGACUCAGUUCUAGAAACCAUGGGCCGAGUCAGUCUGGACAUGAUGUCUGUGCAAGCUAACACGGGGCCUCCGUGGGAAAGUAAGAACUCCACGGCUGUCUGGAGGGGGCGGGACAGCCGCAAAGAGAGGCUGGAGCUGGUGAAGCUCAGUAGAAAACACCCGGAACUGAUCGACGCUGCUUUUACCAACUUCUUCUUCUUUAAACACGAUGAGAGCCUGUACGGUCCUAUCGUAAAACACAUCUCCUUUUUCGAUUUCUUCAAGCAUAAGUAUCAGAUAAACGUAGACGGCACAGUAGCAGCGUACCGCCUGCCCUACCUCCUGGUGGGUGACAGUGUCGUGCUGAAGCAGGACUCCAUCUACUAUGAACACUUUUACAAUGAGUUGCAGCCCUGGAAGCACUACAUUCCGGUUAAAAGCAACCUGAGCGACCUCCUGGACAAGCUUCAGUGGGCAAAAGAUCAUGACGAGGAGGCAAAGAAGAUAGCAAAAGCAGGACAAGAAUUUGCAAGAAAUAAUCUAAUGGGGGAUGACAUAUUCUGUUAUUAUUUCAAACUGUUCCAGGAAUAUGCAAGUUUGCAAGUGAGUGAGCCCCAAAUCCGAGAGGGCAUGAAGAGGGUGGAACCCCAGUCGGAGGACGACCUCUUUCCUUGCACUUGCCACAGGAGGAAGACGAAAGAUGAACUCUGAUAUGCACAAUACCUUCCGUUCAGAUAAUGGUGCUCUGAAGACUCUCCUUAACUGUAAAGAAAAAUAUUUUUAAGUAUUAUUUUAAUCCACAGACAGUAUAAAAUCAACUGUGUGAUUUGUAUUACCAGGAUAUUUCUAUGAUGCAGUAUUCCCGCAGCUGUCUUUUACAGCACAUUUUUAAAUUUUUAUAAUAAAACCACCUUUAUUGUAAAGA